AUGGCUACCGCUUCAGUGAACGCCGAAGCAGGCCCGUCCUCCCCGCCAGGCUGGCACACCAUGUCUAUGCGAGUCCCCUUUCCCGAUCAGGGACACGCAAAGACGGCCAAACGAGCUCUCGAGGUGGAUAGGGAACAGAAUGCCGAAUUUGUGGAACGGACAUUAGAGGUCGAGGGGGAUGAGCUAGUGAUAAACUACGCAGCAACCACCGUGCGCCUUCUCCGACUAUCGACCAACUCCUUCCUCUCCUCCCUCGACCUCGUUCUCCGCACCAUGGCCGAGUUCGCCCCGGACCCUACUGUACCCCGAAUAUCAGACGACGAGCUGGAAAGAAUACGCCUGGAGAGCAAUAAGGGCGAUGUGAAGGGGAUCGAGUUGCGCGGGGAUGGGAAAGGAGCGGGGAGCGGACAGGAAGUCAAGUAG